GGGCUGCACCGGCACCGAGAUUUGACAAACAGCAUCAAACAUUUAAAUGUGAUCUAAAACUGUACAGGAUCAGGAUAACUGAUCGAUAAAGGAAUCGAUUAGGCUUUUAAAUGAGUUCGAUGAAUGAAUCGUGCGUUACGUUUACGACGACAGAGGAAAGGAUGGAGGAGACGAGACGUCCUGAUGGAGAGCUCGGUGACAGCAGCUGAGGUGCUGGCUCCCCCCCAGCCCGCCGUGGCCUCCCCCUCCCCCUCCCCCUCCUCCCAUGACGGGAGCGCCGAGGGCCAGACAGCGGCCCCCCUCCCAGCUCCUGCUCCCUCCGAUGGGAGGAUGGAGGAGCUCAACAGGCGGCUGGAGGACAUCAUCAGGACGUACGGGUCCGCAGCCAGCCUGCUGGACAAACAGACUGCGGUGGACGCAGAGGCGGACAAGAUGGACGAGGAGGCAGAUGACAUCACCGUUACCAAGGAGACAGACGCCUCUGUCAUCAUGCAGAAUUUGAACAACUUUUCCUCCCAGGCUGAGAAACUGGAUGCUCUGGUCAAGAUGUACACUGAACUGGCCGCCCUGAGGCAGUGUGAUGCGAAGAAGCUGUUAGCCCUGAAGCAGAGGAUGUGCAGUCUGGCCAGGGACAAGCAGCAGCUGCAGGCGGAGCAGCGGCUGAACAUGGCGGCCCGCAGCCAGCUGGAGGCGCUCUGCAGGGAGCUGCACACACACAACAACACACUGAAGGAGGAGACGCUGCAGCGCUGCAGGGAGGACGAGGAGAAGAGGAAGGAGAUCUCCAACCACUUCCAGAGGACGCUGAACGACAUCCAGACUCAGAUCGAGCAGCACAGCAACCGCAACACCAAGCUGUGCCAGGAAAACGCCCUGCUGGCCGACAAGCUGGAGAGCCUCAUGAACCAGUACGAGCUGAAGGAGGAGAGUCUGGAGAAGAUCAACAGGCACCGCGACCUGCAGCAGAAACUGGCCGAAGCCAAACUGGAGGAGGCCAACGCCCUGCUGGCUCAGGCCGAGGAGAAACACAAGAGGGAGAAGGAAUAUCUGCUUAGGGAGGCUAUUGACAAAACAAAGAAAUGCUACACUCUGAGGGAGCAGGAGCUGGCCAUGAAGAAGAAGCUGACCCUGUACGCUCAGAAGUUUGACGAGUUUCAGGAGACACUGGCCAAGAGCAACGAGAUCUACAUUAGCUUCAAGCAGGAGAUGGAUAAGAUGACAAAAAAGCUGAAGAAAUUGGAGAAAGAGUCCAACAUGUGGAGGACGAGGUUUGAGAGCUGCAACAAAGCUCUUGCUGAUAUGAUUGAAGAGAGGGCCGAGAAAGGCAAAGAGUUUGAGCUGUUUGUUUUGAAGAUUCAGAAGCUGGAGAAGCUGUGCCGUGCACUGCAGGACGAGAGGAAAAGCCUUUAUGAAAAGAUUAAGGAAGUCCGCCACGCCAACUCCAGUGCCUCAGCAAAUGUCAUCACCGCCAUGAAGACCCCAUGCACCAACGAGAGCCCUGUCCCUGAAGAUGCUUCCCUCCUGGAAAUGGAGGAGCUUGAGGAGAUCCAAAGGGAAGACCCAGUGCUGACAGAGGACAUGACCCGUCUGAGGGAAGAGCAGGCCAAGCUGAAGGAGUUUGCCGCCUCCCUGCUGGCUCGUGCCCCUGACACAGAUGACGACGAUGAUGAUGAUGUAGACCUUGAAGAAGACAACGUAGCCUUGGCAUACAAAAAGUUCAGAGCCCAAACACAGGCCGAGAAGAAGCCCUCAGAGCCGCAGCUACCUGAGCAGAUGGAGGCCAAGCAAGCCACAGAGUCGAUGUCAGCGGAACCAGUUAUCCCAGAGCCAGUUUCUGAAAAGGUUAAAGUGGAGGAGGUACCGGAGCCAGCUGGAUCCACAGUGGCCACGCCAGCAGCAUCAACACAUGAAGAGAGGAGCGAGCUGGCUUCUGAACCGGUGCCAGAGCAAAAACAAGUUGAGGCAGAUCAACCAACUGAGCCGAAACAAGAAGCAGCGCAGGAUAAAGUUGAGGUCAGUGAGGUGCAACAGCCCAAACCAGAGGCACCGGUGCAAGAGAAGACGACUGAGCAAAAGACUGCUGAACCAGCACCAACACCAGAUCCAAAGACAGUCGAGGCCAAUGAACCAACAACAGACCCCAAACCAGAGGCAGCCGAUGAAAAGACAGCAGCAGGGGUCAGCGAGGUGCAGCAGCCCAAACCCGUGGCACCAGAGGAAGUCAACAAAGAGCAGCCGUCUGAAGCAGCAGUGACACCAGAGGAAACACCCACCGGGUCAACCAAGUCUUCCAAAGGCUCCGCCAAACCCCAAACAGCAGCUCCCUCCAACGGCGACGCCUCCAAGAAGCAGGCAACGAAGAAGAAGAAGAAGAAUGGCAAGAAAUCGAGCUAAACCACAAGGCUUGGGAAGGGUGUCUGAGUGUGUGAUGGGAUAGGGUGGUGUGUGGUGUUAACUGGGGGUAGUAUGGGUGUGCGUGUGUUUGAACUCAUACCUCGUGCCUUGUGUAAGGUUUUAAAGCGUGGUUUGUUUCAUCUGGUGCAACUGAAGUAGUGGUUUGUCCAAGUUUCAAUACCAGGUGAAGACAGACAGAUAAACCAACUGUAUUCACAGUUUUCAAAUACAACUAUAAAGGCCUAAAUGACCAGUUAGACUGACCUAACUGAGGGAAUAAAAGGCAUUACUGAAAAAGAACGUCUAAAUGAGUGAUUUCAUGAUUAUCUAGCCACGAAUAUUUAGCUUUAAUAAAAGGGACACAAUAGGUUAAGAUAGACAAGUUUUGCCUUAUGCAAAAAUGCAUAUGCCUGAAGGGGGAAAAAGUCUGGUUGGCAUCCACACCAAUCAAAAUACUGUGUCUUUUUUCACCUGAAAUGACAAUGCACUGCUGCA